AUGGCAAAUGGCACUCCGCCAGCCGGUAUUUGCGAGUUGAUGAGGGCGCUCCAGAACUCCGACAAUGCGAUCCGCUCCGAGGCAGAGAAGAAGCUCAUGGAGGCGGUCAAAGGAGCACCGGAUCAGCUGGUUUUAGAGCUGCUGGCUGUGCUGGGAGCAAGCAAUGAAUCAGCUUCUGUGGAACUUCGUCAAGAAGCCGUGGUAGUACUGAGGCAAUGUGCUAUGGAGCAUAACUCCAAGAGUUGCUGGAAGUCUUUGCAGAACACCACGAAGGAGGCGUUGAAAGAACAGAUCUUGGUGUCUUUGACCAAGGACCCUAGCUUACCAGUUCGGCGAAAUGCUGCGAACGUGGUGAGCACCGUAGCAUCCACCUGUGCCAACAGUUACUCUGAGCUCGUGAAGGAGUGGCCGCGAUUGCUGCUGUUCCUCUCGGAGACCAUUAGCUCUGGUCAAGCGCCGCAAGUGACGGCGUGUCUCAAGGUGCUCACAGAGUUGGUGGAUCUCAUUGGUGAGGAGCUCCUGAAACAGGGCCCACAGACGGUGGCGUUGCUUCAAACCUGCUUGCAGAGCCCUCCUGGAGAGGUCAGAGCAGCAGCUGUACAACUACUCUUUCAGAUGGUGGAGGAUUUAGAAGAAGAGGUCUUGACGCCUUUGGGUCCUUUGAUGCCCCAGACCAUUGAAGUGAUCAAGGGCUUUGCAAUGGCCUCAGAGCAUGAAGAUUGUCUGAAGGAAACAUUGGAGGCCUUGAUCUCAUCUGCGGAAGAGGAGCCCGAGUUUUUCAAGGCCCAUGGGCUACAACAGCUCUGGCCGCUCCUCUUGGAGAUGUGCAAAGCUGACCACUGGGCAGAUUCUGCAGUCAGACAUAGUGCUAUGGAGGCGGUGAUGUCUUUUUUCGAAGGCCUCUGUGAGGAUUUCUGCAAACCUGAGGGCCUACCCUUCUUGGAGCAGCUUCUGACGCUGAACAUCCAGUGGAUGUUAGAGGUUGAAACGAACGUGGAACUUUGGACGUCCAAGGCGGAUGAGGAGGAUGAUGAGAUAGACGAGGACAUCGUUGACAUCGGUGAAGAAAACCUCGACAGAAUGGCCUCACACUGUGCAGAGAAGGAUGUGCUUGAAGAUGCCUUUAUGCCUGCGCUCUUUAAAGUGAUGCGCGCCAUCUUGUCGCAGCAAACGGCCAGCUGGAAAGAGAUCCGUUCCUGCGUCAUGGCAGUCUCACAGGUAGUGGAGUAUGUGGAAGAGGAAGCAUGGAUCGAUCAGUGUUUGGAUUUUAUUGGACCUCACCUUACCAAUGCACAUCCACGGGCCCGUUAUUCUGCGUUCCAAGCACUGGGACAAACGGCUUAUGAUCACGAUCCCUACGUGGCAGAGAACCAUGCCACCACUUUGUUGCCAAUGAUAGUGACUGGUUUAGAUGACAGUAACAUCCGAGUGGCCACCAAUGCAGCUAGCGCUUUGGCCAGCAUGGAGGACAUGGAUCCUGAUGAUCUUGAGCCACAUAUGGAGGGCUUGAUGACUAGGCUCGUCACGAGGCUUCAAAAAGGAGACACUCGGACGAUGCAGGAAACGUGUCUCUCUGCAAUCGCUGUGGUGGGAGAAGCUGCUGCAGAGCUCUUUGAGCCGUACUACGAUCACAUUUUGCCCAUGCUGAAGCAACUCAUUGCCACCCCGGGUGACCAGCAGCGAAGUCUACGAGGGAAAGCCUUUGAGUGUGCCAGCUUGCUCGGAGAGGGCGUCGGCAAGGAAAUCUUUGCCAAGGAUGCGCAUGAGAUCAUGCAGAUCAUGGUGCAACACUUCAAAGCUGGAUUCGCUGCAGAUGAUCAGACACGAGAGUACAUCCAUGAGGCAGCUGGACGAGUGGCGACAGUGUUAGGCAAAGACUUCAAGCCCUACAUGUCGUCCUUGUUGCCGAGUCUCUUCACAGUUCUCAACCAGACGCCUCAAGAGGUCGCUUUAGAGGACGACGACGAUGAGAUCACCCAUGCCUUGGUCGAUGGGAAGCUGCUGGGCUUGAAGACGGUUGUCUUGGAUGAGAUGACGGAGACCCUCACCUUGAUUGGAUCAUUGGUUGAGGCUCUGGAAGACGAUUUCGUGGACUUUUUGCCCGAAACCUGUCGGCAGUUGAUGCCGCUCCUUGAUUUCGCCGUCUCAGAUGAAGUGCAGGACAAAGCAUACUCCACCUGGGAACACGUCGUCACUUGCGCCCGCGCUGCCGUAGAUCAUGGUCGUUGCGACAAAUCCUUGGUGGGGCAAGUCACCGGCGAGUUGCUGAAGAAGACAGUGGCGAUGAUGACUAAGCUUCCACACGAUUCUGCGGACGCCGCAGCGCUGACACAGCUGCAGGGGCAUGCCACUGCCACAGCUGCCAUACUGAAAAAGGCUGGUCCAAAGGUCUUGGCCAACCAGGACGUGUCAGAUCUGGUGAAGGUUUUGGUGGAGCUGGUCUCCCGUGUGAAACUGGAGCCGGAUAUUCCCGUAGAGCUGGCGCCCAAAAAGAGCAGUGGUGCGGCAAAGGACAAGGAUGACAGCGACUCGAGUGAUAGUGAAUCAGACGAGGGCGGUGUCACUCCGCAGUCCGUGCGGUACAGCCUGGUGGACGUGGUGGCCUCGCUGAUGAAAGUCAGCCGCGAGGAGUUCGUCCAGGUGGGCCUGACGAUGCACAUGGAGCUUCUGAAGCAUUUGCUGAACAAUGGCAACGAAUGUGACAGAAGUUUGGCUCUAUACAUGGCUAGCGAUGUGGUGGAACAUCUGGGGGAGUUGAGCGUGCCAUACUGGAACUCCUUCAUGGAGAUUGCCUGUGGCUGCAUCACAGACAAAUCGCCUGUGAUUCGACAGCAUGCAGCGAGUGUGGUGGGCCAUGGCGCCAAAGUGGCCAUCUUCGCCCAGAUUGCACCCGUUGCUGCCCAACAAGUGGCGCGUGUGCUGCAGAAGCACGGCGAAAGGCAUCGAAGACGCAGAGCACUCAAUGCCGAGGCGAAGCAAGUCGCCAUGGCUGUGGAUAGCUCCAUCUGGGCCUUGGGAAUGAUCUGCGAACAUCAGGAAACCAACGUGGGCGGUGACUCCUCGGUCGCGUGGAAGAUGUGGCUGUCUCACAUGCCACCUCGAUGUGAUCGUGAAGUAGGUGUCAAGGCAUGCUCACAACUCCUUGGGCUGAUGGCAAAGAACCACCCGGUUGUAACUGCGACAGAGCAGCAACCGCGAGUCUUGGCCAUCCUUACUGAAGCCUACAAGUCGAGAAAUUCCAACACAUCUCUAGAUAAGGAGAUUGCUGCAUCAAUUGCACGUGCCGGAGCCGCGUCGGGGACCCUGAUGGCAGCGGCAUGA